AUAUCUCGGCCUACCAGGCUACCACGAACCGAUCCCCGUCUACAGGGCCGCGGCGGUGCACACGCACACAUGCUCGCGCGCGGCCGUGCGUGUGUUUGUGUGUGUGUGUGUGGGUACCAACGAGCAGCUACAGCUAUCUAUAUAGGUGUAUACUACUGCACGAGUCCGCGCAUCCACGUAUACAACGCACUGAUCCGCGAUCGAACUGCACCAGCGAAAAUGGGGUCGGAAGAGCCGAUGGACGUGGACACCACCGGGGAUUUCGACAAAUUCGACGACCUGCUGGAGGAAGGCGAGUACAGAGAACCAAACCACAUAACGAGGAAACCUAUAUCGAGUGUUAUUUCGAUACCAGUGAUACCAGAAAGUAAACGUGAGAAUAAGGCUGGGACUUUUAUAACUGGUGUAGAUAUAUUCAGUAAGGCUGCAAAAGAGAAAAUAGAAGAGCGAGCAAAGAGAUUUGGUAUUACUAAGGAAGAAGCUGAGCGAUCUAUUGUCAAAGAGGCAGAGAACCUAUAUGAAAGUUUUGGUAUAGAGGAGGACAGUGAGAACGCCAAAAACUAUAGGUUAAAUGUACUUCACAUGCGGGGCACUGAAAAUUUAAAUACAAAAGAUAUAUUCAAGUAUUUUGAAGACUAUGCACCGGCGUCGAUAGAAUGGAUAAAUGAUAUAUCAUGUAAUGUUGUAUGGUUAGACAAAGAAUCUGCAGCAAGAGCAAUAUUAGGCUUAUCAAAAAAAAUAGUUGGAGUUAAGAAAGAGGCAACUACAAGAUACAACUCCGAUGAAGAUUCCGAUGAAGAUUCAGCAGAGGAUACAGUUGUAAAUGGAAAAAAUAGAGAGCCAAAUACUAUUCAUGUUAAAGAUAUUAGGUGUCCACUUCCGCCAGGCAUAUGGCGAAAGGGACAAAAUUACAAAGAUUCUAGAAACAUAUUUUUACGAUUUGCCACACGUUCAGAUAGGAAACAUGCUCAACCUGAAAAAUUAGGAGUAAAAGGCAUAUUAACGUCGUCAAGAAAGCGUAUUUUAAAACAAAUAAAAGAGCCAUCGCCACCUCCCAUAAAAACCGAGCCAGGUACAAAUGGAAUAGCAGCGAAAAAUCCAUGGGGUUCUCUUUCUAAGAACUGGGGUGUGACUGAUUUCGUUGAACACGACUAUUUACCCAAAGCACCUGUAGAGCCACCAGUUUCAAAUGUCAAAGAGAGAUUGGGUUUUAGACCUCCUCGAGAAACAAGAGAAGUAAGAGAACCAAGGGAAGUUAGAGACGAGAUAGUAGUACAAGAGAAACCAAAUGUCAUUGAAGUUUCUGAUGAAAGCGAAACUGAAAGUUCGAGUGAGGAAGAAAAUUGGUGUAAAAGGCGCAAAAUACCAAGAAUGCGUAUGUACGCAGAUGAUGAAGCGGAAAAAAUAGAGAAACGUAAAGGAAAAAUUAGGCAACUGGUUAGUGAGAAUUCACUAAUUCAAGAAAAUGACUUGCGUGGUAGAUUGGUUGCAAGAAGAAGAUUGCCAAAACCUAUUGUCGCUGAAGAAAUUCAAGUAGUACUCACUAAUCCAAAAGCUAUGCGAGCUAGUAAUUUCAGAAAUAUUAAUGUGACUGAGGACGAGGACGAAGAUGAAGAUGAUGAUGUCGAAGUAGUCGUACAACAAGAUAAUGAUGAUGAGGAAGAAGAAGGAGAGAUCGUUGACGACUCUGAAAGUGACGACAAAGUGGAGUAUAUUGAGGAAGAUGAAGAAGACCAUGUGAAAAGAUCGGAAACAGAGUCGGAGUCAGCUACUGGCGAUGAAAGUAGCGACGAAAGUACUUCGGAAAAAGAAGUUCAAGGCCCAAAAGGAAGCGUUAUCAAGGUUGUUCAGCAUAAACCCAAACCUAGAUUACAAUCCACUGUAUCUACUGUAUGGUCGCGAUUGAAUAAUUCCAAAGCCAGCAGAAGUAGAGAUUCAUCCAAGGAAAGAUAUACGAAGACGGCAGAUUUGAGGCAUGCACUGAACAAAAUUGAUUUGAGAUCUCGAAUCGGCAAUCACCAUAUGAGAGGUCGGUCUCCUCUCAGAAUAGAAUUAAGGAAUGAUAAAUAUGCAGGUAGACUAAGUGAUUCCGAAUAUGAUUAAGAAUAAAGAAAUAAAUAUUUGAAUAACAAGAAUUUUUCUAAACUUGUGGUAAUCAUCCGAUGUUAAGACAUUUAAUUAUUGAAAUGUAUAACUGAAGGCGUUUACUGCCAUUUAGUAGCCAUUUAUAUAAGGAAUUUGAACAAUUUUUUAUCAAGAUUCUAUCCGAAACAUGGUUGAAGUGAAACUGAUCACAAUUUUUUAUUAUUAUUUUUUAAUACUUUAUUACGUCAUUUUGAGCGCCAGAUACAAUAACAAUGAAAAACUGAUCAUAUAACAUGUUUAAAACACACGCAUACAAGUCAAUUAAAUACAUAAAUUUGUUUUAGAUUAACGCGCAUAAUUAUGUUAAUUACAGCUACUCUUAUUUUGAAUUAAAAUCAUAAAAAAAGAGUAUACCUUUUUAUCAUCUAUUAAACUUUACAUCUCAUAAUUCUUUCAACAAUUUUUGAAGCAUCCAGUGUUUGAUACCAGAUUUAUUUGAAUGAUACUCAGCAAACAAGAAUAAUUGUUACAAUUAUCACGUUUUCGGAAAGACACUACUUAAGAUGUAGUAAAAGCAUAGUGUAUGUACAUAUAUACAUAUAUAUUUAUGUAAAAAAUAAAUAGGUAUUGCGUCUUGUAAAUUUGAAUGGUUAUAGACUUACGUUUGUAUUUCUUUUUCUCUACCUGUAUCUCCUGCUACAGUUCGUAAGUAAAUUCAACAACAAAAUAAACAUUUUUAUAACAUUUGAGGAUUUUAGCACGUUAAUUUUAAUUUUAAGAGAGAUGUUUUCUAUGACCUAAACUUGUAAGGUCGAAAAGUUUACCAUCUAUACAACAGAGAAUGUGUACAAAUUUUUUUUUAAUCUGGCAGCUGUAUUUAUAAUAUCGGUUCCACAUUUAACUUUUUUUGUUAAAAAUUUUGUAAAUUUUUCCAGACAUUUUUUUAUUUAAGAACUCCUUUUCUAUUCCUUUGAAUAACAUUUCUCAGCUAUUUAUUCUGAAAUUCAACUAUUUCCAUAAAUGCCUGAAACUGUAACUCUUCAGCGUCAAAUUGAAAAAACCAUUAAAAUUGUUACGUGAACAGUACUGUUACUGAAUAGAGGCAUACUAUCAAUUAAAAUGGAGAAUAUGUGAUUAAAAAAAAACCUAGUACAUAUUGGCAUUUGUCAUUGUAAACAUCAACAGCGAUGUUAAUUGGCAUGAUGAUUCAUAUAACAUUUUAUGUUAAAUAUACAUCUAAACUUUCUCACUUUUCCAGAAAUAUCAAUAACGUAUGUAUGUAUUUGACGAUAUAUAGAAAGAAGCCGAAUUCCUAAUCGACAGACAUUUUAAAAGUGGACGUGACAAUGUCCGUAAUAAUGUAACUUCUCAAAGCUACAUAACAUGCAUAUAGUUGCACAAAAAACAAAUUGAUCAACGCCUUAUUCAACCUGUCGUACAAUCUGAACUUGAGUGCUACCACGUUUUGCGAAUUACUAGACAGAAUUUUUUUUUUUUUAAUAAGGCAACACGUUGGUUUAGUCUUGAUAAAACGCGUGUACCUGCCUCUCACAUUGUAAAUUCAAUUAAAAACUACUAAACCAAGCUUUUUGUUUCUUAUUUGCUCUCUAUGAUGUAAGAAUAAACGAAAAUAUGCUGUUGCAUUCAAUUCUCGGAUAAUAUUCAUAUUUUUGUUGUUUUUGAAAAAAGUUGCUUCUUCAAGUCAAUUAUUUUUUUACAAAUUAUAGCACAUAUCUAUUUUGUUCGUCCACUGCUGCUAAGAUAAUUUUUUGACUGCAAACAGUAUCGAAUUUAUGUAAAGUCUUAGACAAAUGUAUAUUCUCUAAUCUCACUGAUCAGCCAUCUUAACUUUUUUUCUAAUUCUCGCUCGCUUUCUUCCUUAAAAAUAUCGUACGUAUUUCUGGAACAAUUAAACGAACGCAACAAAAUUUAAAUCAGUCUUGUCUGUCAAAAAUUAAUACGCUAUUCUUGUUGAUCAUUCUCUUUUACUUUAUUUCAUUAGUUUUAUCUUUAUUUUGAAUUUCUCUGAAACUUCCAAUUCGAGGUGGCUACAAAAUUUUAUACAGCCUUAUUUAAUAUUCACCGUAAAGGCGGCGUGCGCCUAUUAUCCCGAAUCGAUGCAAUAUUUAACAUUGAAAAUCGACAGACGAAAUAGUGGAAAUAUUCAAUAUUCAAGAUUUAAGAAUCAGCAACAAUAGAUACACAUAUGUAACAUUAAGUAUAUUAGGCCUGAUUAUGUUAGUAUUAUACUGAUGUAUACUGCGAAUCACGAUUCGAUUUAUCGUUCGCACUUUGAAUCGUAACUUAAACGAAUCCUCCAGUUUGGCUAGUAUGCAGGAACGAUUGCAACAACAGAUGUUCUCUCUUUUCACUUUAAAUGUGAUGUUGAUCACAUUAUUAUUAUUAUUAUUAUUAUUAUUAUUAUUAUAAAAAACGACAUCCUAUUAAAAAUUUUAUCAACAAAAGCAGUCGUUUCGCUAAUUUUUGAAUGAUUUUCAAAUUUAAAGCACAUACUUAAUUUUGUGAUAAAAUGGUCCAAUUUGCUCAAUGAAUCUCGACAUAUUAUAUUAGUGUCUUAUCAAUGGUAAAAAUUUAUUUAAAUAAAUCGAAGCAGUAAGUGACUAUAGGACGUUUAACGACCUACGCGAUUGCCUCACUGUAAAAUGACCCUAGUAGCGUUCAAGGAUAAACAGUACAUUCAGAUAAAAACUCGAAUUUGACAUGAAAAUUUUAAAAAGUGACAUAGACAAUGCUUCGAUGAGACAAUAAUCACAAAUUCUAUACUAUAUUUAAAUUGAUACUUUUUUCAUCAAGGUGGCAUAUUUCAUCAGUUUUCAAAAUAUCGGAAUUAAGGAAUACUACUUUAUUCGUUCAUCUUGGAAAAGAUUAAAUUCGUUGUGAAAAUUUUAUUAUUGCCAUGAUCAAAAACUUUAGACGCAGUUUAGAAUAGGCGGCAAAUAUAUCAUACAGAA